UGUGGCAAAUGACAGCACUAUUUUAAAAAGAUUCAGCAACAUAGUCGCAGAGAAAACUCGGUGGUGGAAACCAGUGGGAAACGUCUCCUUUGUUAGGUACCUGCUCUAUAGUUUUCUUUUUACAAGCUGCGAUAAUUCGAGGAUCGAGUCCUAGUCAUUGUACUGGAUUUUAUAAAUUUACAAUGUGAAAUCGACACAUGACGUAGAAUGAACUCAUCUUAUACUGGUCAAUUCAAUUUAUCAACCGUCAGUGAGUUUUAAAAAUGUCAUCAGUGGGACAACUAGUUCCUCAGGUGACGCGAAGCCCCCCGAAUAUGUCUGUCAUUAAAUUCAACGGACCCCACGUAGAGGGGUCCUUCUGCACGUCAAUCGAUUAUAACUAUGACCCUGUCAUCAGCGUGCUUUGCGCCAUGUACAUUGCAUUCGGGAUUGUGUACACGCUGUUCGGCUAUCGUUGCUUCAAAGCAAGCAUGUUUCUGACUGGCUUUACUUUCGGCUCGGCUAUCGUCUACCUUAUCUGCCUCCAGGAGUAUCUGAUGCCUCCAUAUGGGAACGUUGGUGUGGCUCUGUGCGCUGGGCUCUUGUUCGGGCUCAUCACUAUGCUGAUCCAAUACGUGGGCCUAUUCAUGACCGGCUUCCACACGGGUGUGCUGCUCGCUAUCGCCGGGCUAGCCAUCUACGACCAUUUCCUGGAUUCCCGCCCGACUACAUACUGGCUCUGUGUAGUUGUAUUGCUAUGUUCAGGCAUAUUCUUCGCUGUCAUCAACCUGUAUUGGAAGAAAGUGCUUACAAUCUUCGGCACGAGCGUGUAUGGGGGCGCUGUGAUCGCGACGUCGCUCGACUACUUCUUUGAGCGAAUGAUGAUGCUUAAGUGGCUGUGGGAGCGUGCGAAAUUGGAGCCGGCUGUAGCCCCACCCUGCCGCCUAUCCUGGUUGACCCUAGCCGCCUGGCCCGCCGCCGCCAUCGUUGGUCUGACUGCGCAAUGCGCCCUCACUGCUACCGGAAUCUAUCAUGAACAAAGCAUUAGCGCCCAGAAACGCCACAUGAAGGCUCAACAGGCUCGCCCCGUGACCCGCGAACAACGUGCCGAGAUGAAACAACGCAAGUACCGAUACUUGUACCAAGUCCGCACCGCUCACGGCGAUGUUAUCUCACAGUCGUACGUUCAGGCUUUGCAGAAGAAGGCUCAGUGUGGUAACUGGAGUGGCAGUGGUGGUGGGGAGUGCAGCACCCUGCAGAGUGACUCCACCCACCUGACAGUCCUCGCCGGCUCCGAGCACGCGCCCCCCACCGACUCUGAUGACGACCUGAACCAGAUCAGGGCUGCGCAUUAAAUAUGAUUGUAAGGAGAACAAGGCAGGUAUAGCACAUCGCAGUUGAUUUAUGAAUAUUCUAUGUACCCAGUAUUAUUGUAAGGAGAAUCCACUCAUAUUAUUACUAUUAUUACACAGUAGUGUCGUAUCAUUACUAGUAAUCUUAUAUUAAUUGUAUUUAAUGUGAAUUUAUUGUUGUAUUACGAUUACUAUUGAUUGAAUUUGUCGCGAAUGUUUCGAUGACGGAGUUCAAGGCCUAUAUUUAUUUAUUGCCAAAUAUAAGUUAGUUUUAAGUAUAAUUUAAAUGAACAUUUUUGAUGAAUUUAUCAUUGAAAACAAUACCGUCUCUUUCGAUCGGAUUUUAUACUAAAAUAAUGAAUGCUGAACAUUCCAAAGUUAGAUGAAUACAUAAGUUAGUCCUAAGAGCACGUAGACAUUAUUUUGGCGACAACUGAGAGAUUAUUAUAUACUCCAUGUAUCUGUAAACACUGCCAUCUGUACAAUUCUGUCCUAAUACUGAUAUUAUGGUCUUGGACUCCAGCGAUGUGGUUGUAUUAAUUUAAUAUAUUUAUUUAAUGUUUUUGAACAAGAACUGAUAACGACGGCUUCGUGAGUUGCUAGCAAAUACCUAACUCGGUUGGCGCACGAAUGCCAGUACAAUGAUUGGUAAUCUCCCGUUGAAUAGUUGUAUGUUAAAACUAUUUGCGGAUCGUGUGCUUCUAAAUAAGAUGAGGUAUUUAGGUCUGUAAAACGAAGUCUCACACAUUUAUAUUGAUUAAUUGGUCUCAUAUCUAUUUCGAAUGAUAAGAACGAUGUCUAGAUUUCACUGGUUUAUUGAACAUUCCAUAAUUAAGUAAAUAUUAAUACCUGUGGUGGUUAAGAUGCAGUAACCUUUGAACCUUUGAACAAACAUCACAAUACAAACACGAACAUCACAAACGUAGUUGUAGGUGAAGUGGAGCCGUCGCCACGUCGUAACAUCCCUGUGAUAAACCAGUCGUAAAGUUUCAUAUUAUAUUAUAGUUUCUUGCCAAAUUCUUUAUCUCCUCGGGAGAUACAGAAAAUUGCUUCAACUGUCCAAUUCUCAAAAUUAUUUAUAUACAUUUCUACGUGAGUAUCUAUCUAAAGCACAAUGCGAUUUGGAUGUGAUGAACGGGUAAACUCUUGUGAAGAGUCUAGACUAAGUUAGAUUACUGAAUAUAACUACUAAAAGUGUAUAAGUAGAGAUCGAAUUUCUUAUAAAAAUAUCUUGUACUAUUAGUUUUUGCUCAUUGUUUAUGGCUUGAGACGCCAAUGCAAGGCAUACAUUUUUGUAACGUAAUAAUACGGAACAUAAAGUGAUUUUAUUUAGACCUACAUACUCGAUCGUUUGGGCGCAAGGCAGUAAAUUGUAACAAAUGUAAUGUGUGAUAGAAAUAAUACAAUAUCGUUACGGGAUCAACACUUUGCUCAAAGCAAAGCACAAAUGAAUAGAUCUGCUCGUCCGCUCAAAUGGUCUGUUGUCGAAAUCGUACAUUCUACGCACAGUGUGAUAAUUUAAUAUUUUGGCCAAAGUUUAUUUUAGUUGUUACAUGGCUUAAAGCGUAAGUUUAUUUUUAUCUUG